CGGGGCCACGGCAGAUGCAGCGCAGCGGCAGAGCGAGCGGCACGGGCCCUGAAGGAUGUCGGCCUGGACUCAGCUGGGACUGUUGCUGUGGAAGAACUUCACCUACAGACGACGUCAGACAUUGCAGCUGCUGGUGGAGAUCCUGUGGCCGCUCUUCAUCUUCUUCAUCCUCAUCGCCGUCCGACUAAACUACCCCCCCUACGAGCAGCAUGAAUGUCACUUCCCGAACAAGGCGAUGCCGUCUGCGGGCACGUUGCCAUGGAUACAAGGGAUUCUGUGUAAUGCCAACAACCCAUGCUUCAGGAGCCCCACACCUGGAGAGUCUCCCGGGGUGGUUGGGAACUUCAACGACUCCAUAAUCUCUCGUCUUUUCUCUGACGCGAAGAAGAUUUUGCUGUACGGCCAGAACAACAAGAACCUGGAGGGCUUCAAGGAGCUCUCUACUGCACUCACUGGCCUGCAGGAGAGCAGGACAGGGUUCCGUCUGAAACACUUCCUGCAGGAGGAGGAGACCAUGAGCCACUUUCUGAAGACCAACGCCUCCUUACCUCAGUCCACCGUGGACCACAUCCUGUCCGCCCCAGUCAACCUCAGCCAGGUCUUAACAAAGGGAUUUGGGGUGCACCUCACUGACCUGUGCCCGUCCAAACACAAGGGGCGAAACCUGAGCGAUUACAUCACCAUCUCUGACCCUGACAUCCAAUCAGAGCUCAUGGAGAAAAUCUGCACAGCGCCGCCCUCCUGGCUGCAGGCGGUGGAGCAGCUCUUCCUACAGAACCUGGACUUCUUCAAACCCAUCAAGCACAGAGACGUGACCUCUGACCCUGAAGCUGUUGAAAGAGUCGCCGAGGCCACCAACAACCUGCUGGACACCAUGGGCCUACUGGCAGUGGAGCUCGCAGGGAUGAAGUCCUGGUUGGACUUGAGGAAUGAGAUCGUGUUCCUGAUGCAUAAUGCCACAUCCUCCCCGAGCGUCAUGUACUCUGCCGUUUCCCGGAUCGUCUGUGGACAUCCUGAAGGAGGAGGGCUACAGAUCAAGAGCCUCAACUGGUACGAAGACAGCAACUACAAGGCCCUGUUCGGGAACAGCAACUCUAGCGACGAGCAACCACACCAGCUCUAUGACAACUCCUCCACCCCAUACUGUAACAGCCUGGUGCAGAACCUGGACUCCAACCCCAUGUCCCGCAUGAUCUGGACCGCUAUCAAACCCCUGCUGCUGGGCCAGAUCCUCUACACCCCCCAGACGCCACUGACGCAGAAGAUCAUCCACCAGGUGAACCGGACCUUCCAGGAGCUGGGGGUCUUCAGAGACCUGGGGGGAAUGUGGGAAGAGAUGAGGCCUAAGGUCUGGGACUUCAUGGAGAACAGUGAGCAGAUGAACCUCUUCAGAAGUCUGCUGCGGAACAAUGUGACCGCUCGGUAUUUCGGGGCGCAGCUGGCUAACACUGAUUGGACGGUGGAAGAUGUGAGUCGCUUCCUGGCUAAACAGGAAGAUUCAUCAGGGGGCACUCUGACCUGGAGAGAUGUUUUCAAUGAGACAGACCAGGCCAUUGCCAGCAUCUCCCGCUUCAUGGAGUGUGUGAACCUGGACAAGCUGCAACCCGUAGCCACAGAGGAGCUGCUGGUAAACCGAUCCAUGGUGCUGCUGGAGGACCGCAAGUUCUGGGCCGGGAUCGUCUUCAACAUCCCCCGCAAUGCCUCCGAGCUGCCCCCACAUGUCGACUACAAGAUCCGCAUGGACAUCGACAACGUGGAGAGAACCAACAAGAUCAAGGACGCAUACUGGGACCCUGGCCCCCGUGCAGACCCCUUCGAGGACAUGAGAUACAUCUGGGGAGGGUUCACUUACCUCCAGGAUGUUAUUGAGCAAGGCAUUAUCCGCGCCAUGACCGGCACCAAGGAGAAGACUGGAGUCUACAUACAACAGAUGCCCUAUCCCUGCUAUGUGGACGAUAUCUUCUUGCGUGUCAUGUCCCGCUCCAUGCCCCUCUUCAUGACCCUAGCCUGGAUGUACUCGGUGGCCAUCAUCCUGAAGAGUGUGGUGUAUGAAAAGGAGGCUCGGCUGAAGGAGACCAUGCGCAUCAUGGGGCUGGACAAUGGUAUGCUGUGGUUCAGCUGGUUUAUCAGCAGCCUGGUUCCUCUUCUGGUGAGCGCAGGGCUGCUGGUGCUGCUUCUCAAGAUGGGUAACCUGCUGCCGUACUCUGACCCGGGUGUGGUCUUCCUGUUCCUGGGCUCCUAUGCCGUGGUAACCAUCAUGCAGUGCUUCCUUCUCAGUAUAGCCUUCGCCAGAGCCAACCUGGCAGCAGCCUGUGGAGGCAUCAUCUACUUCACCCUGUACCUGCCCUAUGUGCUCUGUGUGGCCUGGUCCGACUACAUCGGCUUUGGGGCCAAAGUCUUCGCUUCCCUGCUGUCCCCCGUGGCCUUUGGCUUUGGCUGUGAGUACUUUGCCCUGUUUGAGGAGCAGGGUGUGGGGAUCCAGUGGUCUAAUCUUCUGAACAGUCCUAUGGAGGAGGACGACUUCAGCCUGAGGACCACCAUCACGCUCAUGUACGUGGACGCGGUGCUCUACGGCGUCCUCACCUGGUACCUGGAGGCUGUCUUUCCAGGUCAGUACGGGAUUCCGCGGCCCUGGUUCUUCCCCUUCACUAAGUCAUACUGGUUUGGAGAGAAGGAUGGAGGCACCAAGAUCCCACUCAACCGGAGGAGGAACCCUGGAGUGAUAGUGAUGGAGGAGGAGCCUGCUCACCUGGAACCUGGGGUGUACAUCGAGGACUUGGUGAAGGUCUACAGGCAUGGGAACAAGCUGGCCGUAGACGGGCUCACUCUGGGGUUCUACGAAGGACAGAUCACAUCCUUCUUAGGACACAACGGAGCCGGCAAGACCACCACCAUGUCGAUCCUGACAGGCCUGUUUCCACCCACCUCUGGGACUGCCUACAUCCUGGGCAGAGACAUCAAGACAGACCUGAGCGCCAUCCGCCAGAGCCUGGGAGUGUGUCCCCAGCACAAUGUCCUCUUCAGCAUGCUGACGGUGGAGGAGCACAUCUGGUUUUACGCCCGUCUCAAAGGCCUGUCGGAGGCCCAGGUGCGCUCUGAGAUGGAGCAAAUCCUGACGGACACGGGGCUCCCUCACAAACGCUCAGCCCGCACGAGCGCCCUCUCGGGGGGCAUGCAGAGGAAGCUCAGCGUGGCGCUGGCCUUUGUGGGUGGAGCCAAGGUGGUCAUCCUGGAUGAGCCCACUGCUGGAGUGGACCCCUAUGCUCGCAGAGGCAUCUGGGACCUGCUGCUCAAGUACCGCAUUGGCCGGACCAUCAUCUUGUCCACUCACCACAUGGACGAGGCGGACAUUCUGGGGGACAGGAUCGCCAUCAUCUCCCACGGAAAGCUGUGCUGUGUGGGCUCCUCCCUAUUUCUGAAGACCCACCUGGGCACUGGGUACUACCUGACCCUGGUCAAGAAGGAGCCUGAACCAGAGCCCUCCAUGUCCUCCUGCAGGAACUCCUCCUCCACUGUGUCUGAUUGCAAGAAGGAUGAAGAUGGUGCGUCGGUGAGCUCCAGUGACGCAGGACUGGGCUCUGAACAUGAGAGUGAAGCAGCCACUAUCGACCCUCCCAGCAGCAGUGUGGGGGGAGCCUCCACAGAUCCCCCUCCUGAGCACCCCCUGGUCCCGGCCAAUAUAGCCCAGGUGUCAGCGCUGAUUCUGGGGCACAUCCCGGGGGCACGCCUGGUGGAGGACCUGGGGCAUGAGCUCACCUACAUCCUGCCGUACUCUGCUGCCAAAGAUGGGGCCUUCGUAGACCUCUUCAGGGCCCUGGACCAGAAUCUGCACCAGCUGAGCAUCUCUAGCUAUGGAGUGUCCGACACCAGCCUGGAGGAGAUUUUUCUCAAAGUGGCAGAGGACAAUGGAGUGGACACAGAGGUUCCUUCAGAUGGCACUCUGCCGGUGCGGCGCAGGAGGAGGACCCAUGCUUUUGGAGGAGGGGACCAUCAGAGCUGCCUCAAGCCCUUGACAGAGGAUGACCUGCAAGGCAAUGAGUCGGAGGGAGACCCAGCGGAGGACUCUGAUUGGCUGAACUGCACAGAUGGUAAAGGCUCGUACACUGAGGCUGGCUGGGCUCUGAGGAGGCAGCAGUUUGUGGCUCUCAUGUGGAAGCGUUUCUUGUACGCCCGGCGCUCUCGCAAAGGAUUCUUCGCUCAGAUCGUGCUGCCGGCUGUAUUCGUGUGCAUCGCUCUGGUCUUCAGCCUCAUUGUUCCGCCCUUUGGGAAAUACCCCAGUCUGGAGCUGCAGCCCUGGAUGUACGAGGACCAGGUCACCUUCAUCAGCAACGAUGCUCCUGGCGAAGCUAACAUGCAGAAGCUCCUCAGCGUUCUCCUGGAGGACCCUGGCUUUGGAACACGCUGCAUGAAAGGCUACUCCAUACCUGAUGCCCCCUGCACCAUGGGAGACGAGGACUGGUCCACCCCUCCUGUGCCGGAGGACCUGCUGGAGCUCUUCUCCGCUGGGAACUGGUCCAUGAGUGAUCCGUCUCCCGCCUGCUACUGCAGCUGUGAUGGCAACAAGAGGAUGCUCCCGGAGUGUCCGGCCGGAGCUGGAGGCCUGCCGCCCCCUCAGAUGAAGCUGAGUGCCACGGAUUCACUGCAGAACCUCACCUCCAGGAACAUCUCAGACUACCUGGUCAAGACCUACGCCCAGAUCAUUGGCAAAAGUCUCAAGAACAAAGUGUGGGUCAAUGAGUUCAGAUAUGGAGGAUUCUCAUUGGGCGCUCGCAGUACUCAGGUCCUGCCUCCAGCCAAUGAGAUUGAUGACGCCAUAGAGAGGGUCAGGAAAAUCUUUGAACUGGAGAAGGGGACAGCAGCGGACCGCUUCCUGGACAGUCUUUCAGGGUUCAUCAAUGGCCUGGACACCAAGAACAACGUCAAGAUCUGGUUCAACAACAAAGGCUGGCACAGUGUGGGCGCCUUCCUCAAUGUCAUGAACAACGCCAUCCUACGUGCUGCACUGCCCCCAGAGGCCGACCCCACUCACUACGGCAUCAGCGCUUUCAACCACCCUCUCAACCUGACCAAGGAGCAGCUCUCCCAAGUGGCACUGGUGACAACCUCGGUGGACGUCCUGGUGUCCAUCUGUGUGAUCUUUGCCAUGUCCUUCGUGCCUGCCAGCUUCGUGGUCUUCCUCAUCCAGGAGCGCGUGUCCAAAGCCAAGCACAUGCAGUUCAUCAGUGGGGUGCACCCUCUACUGUACUGGGUGGCCAACUUCAUCUGGGACAUGUGUAAUUACGUGGUGCCAGCGACGCUCGUCAUCCUCAUCUUUGUCUGCUUCCAACAAAAGGCCUACGUGUCCUCCACCAACCUGCCUGUGCUUGCCUUGCUACUACUGCUCUACGGCUGGUCCAUCACUCCCCUGAUGUACCCCGCCUCGUUCUUCUUCACGAUCCCGUCCACAGCCUAUGUGGUCCUUACCAGUGCCAACAUCCUGAUCGGCAUCAAUGGCAGCAUCUCCACCUUCGUCAUGGAGCUCUUCGGAAACAACGAGAUCGGAGGCAUUAAUGACAUCCUGAAGAAUGUUCUACUGAUCUUCCCUCACUUCUGUCUGGGCCGAGGACUCAUCGACAUGGUGAAGAACCAGGCCAUGGCCGACGCACUCGAGAGGUUUGGGGAGAACCGGCUGCGCUCGCCUCUGGAGUGGGACAUGGUGGGAAAGAACCUGUUUGCAAUGGCCGUGGAGGGUGUGGUCUUCUUCAUCAUCACAGUCCUCAUCCAGUACCGCUUUUGCAUCAAGCCCAGGCCCACCAGCUCCCUACACAAGCUGGGCCCUCUGGGAGACGAGGACGAGGACGUGUCGAAAGAGAGGCAGAGGAUCGUCCAUGGCUUGGGACAUGGGGACAUCUUGGAGCUGCGCGAGCUCACCAAGGUGUUCAAGGCUAAGCAGAAGCCUGCUGUGGACCGCCUCUGUGUGGGCAUCCCCCCUGGAGAAUGUUUCGGUCUGCUGGGUGUGAACGGAGCCGGGAAAACCACCACGUUCAAAAUGCUGACAGGAGACACUCUGGUGACUAGUGGAGAGGCCUUCCUCAACGGCAAGAGUAUUCUGCGUGAGAUCGAUGAGGUGCACCGAAACAUGGGCUACUGUCCACAGUUCGACGCAGUGAAUGAACUCCUUACAGGACGAGAACAUCUGGAGCUGUACGCCGUCCUCCGUGGAGUCCCAGAGGAGCAGGUCUGCGACGUUGCAGAGUGGGGGAUCCGGAAACUUGGUUUGGUGAAGUACGCUGAUAAAAAGGCGGGAAGUUACAGCGGAGGUAACCUGAGGAAACUGUCCACAGCCAUGUCCCUCAUCGGAGCGCCCCCUGUGGUUUUUCUGGACGAGCCUACCACAGGCAUGGACCCCAAAGCCCGCCGCGCCCUCUGGACCUGUAUCCACGGACUCAUCAAGACUGGCCGCUCCAUCGUCCUCACGUCACACAGCAUGGAGGAGUGUGAGGCCCUGUGCACCAGGAUGGCCAUCAUGGUGAAUGGGAGGUUUCGCUGCCUGGGAAGUGUACAGCAUCUCAAGAACAGAUUUGGAGAUGGCUACACCAUCGUGCUGCGGGUGGCCGGUCCGGACCCAGACCUGGUCCCGGUGCAGAAGUUCAUAGAGUCCUCACUCCGUGGCAGUAUCCUCAAAGAAAAGCACCGUAACAUGCUACAGUACCAGCUGCCCUCCCGCCUCACCUCCCUCACACACAUCUUCAACACGCUCGCCCUGCACAAGAGCCGGCUCAGCAUUGAGGACUACUCUGUGAGCCAGACCACGCUAGACCAGGUCUUCGUGAACUUUGCCAAAGACCAGAGCGAUGACUAUCACUCCAAAGAUGCCUCGGUGCGACGCAAAGACCCACCCCUCACAGUCACCGUUGACCUAUCAUAUGACGAGGAGACGGUCAUGUGACACUCCAUUCCUCACCCCCUGGACUCUAAACCCCACCCACCCGUCCUUCCUUAAACCCUGCCCCUUUGAGCCAGUCAAUGCAAAAACAAAGACAUUUCUACAAAGUGUUAAAACUUGAACGACUGCUGCCUUGGAUGGAGGACUCCACUUCAUCUCCGACUUUGUUUUGUUCGAAUCAUUUCAGAAAUUUUACUGAAAAAGCCAAUUUUAUAAAGGAAUGUUUGAUUAUGUUUUUAAAAAUGUUUUUAUUUAUGUCAAAUCCAAACUUGUGCUGAUGUGAUAUUGGCAAGUUACAAGGUUUAUUUUCGGUCUGUGCUCUGAAGGAAGCGAGGUAGGAGGUGAGAGAAGGAACUAGGAGACUGCUUAAGGUUCUAUUUUCCUACCUAUUUCAGUAUUGUACUUAAGGGCCCAUAUUAUGCUAUAUUCUGAUCUAGGUUAUAAUGUUUCCUCAUCACAAGCAGACCUGGAGUUGUUUUGUUUCAUUCACACAUGUUUAACACAAACCCUGCAUAUUUAGGCUGAGUUCUUCUCUCAAACAGAAAACACUCUGUUCCCCCUUAUGAUGUCAUCAUACAGGAAGUGCUCCACUGUGUUUUUAAAAUCCAGCCCUAGACUAUACAAAAGGUAAAAGGAGCUCUUAACUUGAAAAGUACCACUUCAUGACAUCACAAGGUGGAACAGAGCAUUUUGACCUUUGGAGAUGUAGACAGACUAAUAAUAAAGUGUUAUUCAAACAUGUGUGAAUGAAACAAAACACAACUCCAGGUCUGUUUUGGGGGAGAUAACAGCAUUAUAACAUGGUUUAAAGAUCACAGGAGUACUUUGGUGUAAUAUAGGACCUUUAAGCCCCUUAAAGUGUUGUGAGGCCAGGAUUGGUCAUGUCACUAAAUGCACUGAAUAAGGUUAGUAGAUGAUAUCCGUUAAUGCACAACCAAUUACUCAAGGAAUUAGUUGAUUGAUCUGAAGGAUUUGUAGUUUUUUCCUAACUGUUCCAAAUGCUUAAAUUUACAGCAAAUUUUUAUUUUUAAAUAUUCUCAUUUAAUUUGUUUUCUGUUGUGGUCUAGUCUGUUUCAAGACUUGUCGACAACAUGACACAUUUUAAUUGUAUU